AUGGUCCUCACUCAGCUAACUGUGGUAAAUCCUUCUCUGAUAGCUCGAUCAUCGCGGCAAUCUGUAUAUGACGUUGACAAGACGUCACCAGCUGUUGAUGAUUAUUCACAGAGUGAGAUGUGCUGCAGUUGCGCCGCCGGUCCAGUGGGCCCACAUGGACCGCCCGGUUCGGACUGUUGUAACGGAAAAGAUGGUCCAGCCGAGACAGCAGGGAGGAAUGACGGCACUCCUCUUCCACCAAUGCCACAAAACCAGCAGAUUUGGUGCUUUGAUUGUGAUGACGCACCAACUAGGCCUCGUGGUUGUCCUGGUCUAAAAGGAUCGCCUGGAGCAUCUGGAGUUCCUGGACGAAAAGGGAAUGAAGGUCACAUUGGGCCUUCCGGACCAGAAGGCACAAAUGGAAUAGAGGGAGUGAAUGGUGAGCAGGAAAAGCCAGGACCUCUAGGCUUUCCUGGAAGACUUAUAGAAGUUCGUUUCUUUGAUGAACCCCCUGGCCCUCCUGGGAAACCUGGACCACCUGGACUGGACGAAAAACCGGGUCAAAAUGGAGAAAUUGGAGCCGAUGGAUCUCCAGGGGAUGUUGGUGAUCGUGGAGCUAAGGGGCAACAAGGAAAGCCGGGCAUUUUGGGCCCUAAUGGUCCAGUGGGUUUGUCAGGUGUAACUGGCGGCUGCAGCCACUGCUCUAUGCCGAUUACUGCACUGGGUUAUUAA